AUGGAUAAUCUGAUAGAGUCAAUGGAAGCUAGAUCCGAGAAUUGCGGAGCUAAAAUGGGAGAAAUAGGAACUGGGUUUCAUCAAUUUGGUGAGGAAAUCUUGUCUGUUACGUCGGAAGCUGGAAGUUCUUUCACUGCUUUACUUGGACUUCCGCCGAAUCAAGCGGUGGAGCUUUUGGUUCAGUCACCGGAAACUGACAAAAUGGCAUCAGAUAAGCUUGCUAUCAGUGAACCUCCCUAUCGUUAUCCUCCUCCUCCUCCGAUUUUUCCUUCAGAUUUCGCUUUGAUCGACAGAGCAUCUAAGUUCUCCGUCUUCGCCGCUGCCGGAAAUUCCCCGGAGUCCAAUUCAACCCUUUCAAAUUCCGGCUCAAAAUCACUGUUCGUCAAGCAAGAACCCAUAGAUUCCGACUUCAACAACAAUUCAUCUCCGGCGACUUCCAAUCCAAUGGUUAAUCAGAAAUCAACCAAGAGAAAGGAACGCGAGAAAAAGGUAAAAGAAACUACAAAAAAGGGGAAAAAAUCAGCAAACGAUACCUCAGAAGACGGCGACGAGAAGCUACCAUACGUUCAUGUCCGAGCGCGUCGGGGCCAAGCCACUGAUAGCCAUAGUUUAGCAGAAAGAGCAAGGAGAGAGAAGAUUAAUGCUAGGAUGAAGUUACUACAAGAGCUGGUCCCAGGAUGUAACAAGAUCUCAGGUACUGCAAUGGUGUUGGAUGAGAUCAUCAACCAUGUACAGUCCCUACAGCGUCAAGUGGAGUUCUUAUCAAUGAGACUUGCUGCGGUUAACCCGAGAGUUGAUUUUAACCUCGACAGUCUCUUUGCAGCAGAACGGAGUGGUUCCCAUGUGGAGAGUAACUUACAAGACAUGGUUGUGCCACCUAUCUGGGCCGAGGGACAAACCAACGGGAACAGAAACCAAUAUCAACAUCUAUGGCAUUUUGAAGGGUUCCAUCAGCCUGUCUGGGGAAGGUUAGAAGACAAUUCUAGCUUUGUUACUCCAGAGAACUCACUGUUGACAUAUGAUUCCUCAGCAAAUUCAGCAUCUUUACACCCAAAUCAGCUGAAAAUGGAGCUAUGAAAGAAGAAGCAAGUCUUUUACUAGUGAUUAGCUGUAUAUAUUAUAUCGGACAUAUUAGUUGAUAGCAGCAAGUGCCGGAGAAGAGAGUUAUCAAGAAUUCAGAUUUUGGGUUUCACCUUCCUCUAAUCAAACAGCAAGGAGAAACUCCAGAUUGAUCUGUGCUAGAGAGGGAGAAAAUUGCUUGUAUCCCUUAUUUCUAUUUAUAUAACAUAUAUAUAUAUAUGUAUAUAUAUAUAUAUAUAUUGUAUGCAGAAAGAUUUGUCUAUACGAACGCAGGGUCCUUCAAUCUGAUACUUGGUACGCGAGAUGAUUGAUUGAUUCGUAGUUGUAAAACAAGAACAGACUAGUAGUGACUACUACAUUGUUAUGCAGAUGAGAUUUCGCGUUA